CUCUAUCCCCUUGAAUUUUCGUCAGCACCAAAAAAAAAAAAAAAAAUCUCUGUCAAAGUAUUAAUCAGCAAACGAUGAGUUACUACAAUCAGCAACAGCCUCCUGUUGGCGUUCCUCCACCUCAAGGUUAUCCACCGGAAGGAUAUCCUCCAAAGGAUGCUUAUCCACCUCCAGGAUAUCCUCCGCACGGAUAUCCUCAGGGAUAUCCUCCGCACGGAUAUCCUCCUCAAAACGCUCAGCCACCGCCUCGGCAAAAUCAGAGUCCCGGUUGCCUAGAAGGCUGUUUGGCUGCUCUUUGCUGUUGCUGUCUUCUGGAUGCUUGCUUUUGAGGAACAAUCAACUUU